GUGACACACCGACAGUGUGGGAAGGUUAUUUCAAAACAAACAUCGUGCGAAGCACGAACGUGUGUGUAGUCAUUUCCCAUAUUGUCUCUGAUGCAGAGCCGGAACGUAUGAUUGGUAUAAACUUUCUCUGCUAUGCUACACUGAAUACAGUGAUUGUAUAUUUCGGCUGUUAUUUAACUUCGUAUUUAGUCUUUUAAUUUUCACGGAUUUUACUGAACUUGUAGGCCAUAACGUAAGGCCACUCCAACUACCAACGCUGUCAGUGUCGGAUCGACACCUAAUCUCGAGAGCGGAAGGGCGCUCAGAAGUGGCCUGGCGACUUCAACUUGAACCGAAAUUCUGUAAGUUGAUGGGCUCUUACGUUAUGGAAACGUCAGCCUCACAGCACCAUACUUUAGGUCCCGAUGAAAACUGUAUCAAAUUGAUGGCGGUGGAGGCGGAGGCUGCGUUGCAAGACAUCCGUUUUGCAGUGGACUCAGUGGCUGUUUCUACCAAACUACCCUCUCGCCAGGAUAUAGUUUACAUGAAUAUAAAGACCAAAGAAGCAGAGCAACUCUGUGUUGAGCUUUCAGUGUCAGGUUAUAGAAUUGUUGGGGACCAUUAUGACUGUAUUAGCAAAACACCACUUACUCAAUACUAUGAAACAAUUUAUGCUCUAUUAGACAACCGAAGUCCUGGUUAUAGGCUUUCAUUUGGAGAAGCUUUAGUGGGAAAAUUACAGGAUCUGCAGCAAGAUAGGUGUUCUGAACCCCAGUCACAGACAGAAAGUUGAUGAUCUGUCAUAGCAUGCAUUUCACCAUAGAAAGAUUUUCAGCAAGAUAGGUGUACUGAACCCCAGUCACAGACAGAAAGUUGAUGAUCUGCCUUAGCAUGCAUUUCACCAUAGAAAGAUUUUCAGCAAGAUAGGUGUACUGAACCCCAGUCAUAGACAGAAAGCUGAUGACCUGCCCCAGCAUGCAUUUCUAUGAAUCUUGGGCAGCAUAGGUGUACUGAACCUUGCUUACGAAAAGCUGUAAUCUAGACGAGACUUUUUUUAUACCUUGUUUAGGGAACCCGUCAAAUACAAAUAUUGAUGAUUUCUAAUAAAAAUAAAAUUUUAUUUUUGGCCAGUUAGCGAACCAGCCGCCACGAAAAAGUGGAAAU